AUGCCCCGUCCAGCCAUCCUUGCGGGCUUCGCAUCGAGCGUGUACUACAAACCCUUCGACUUCGUGGACGACAUCCCUGAAGCGCGCUUCUGCCAGCUGUGCGGAGUGCUGCCCAUGGCUAUACACAUGCUCGAGUGCACUCAUGGAUUCUGCCAAGUGUGCUACGCUGCGCUGCCCCAGAAAGCCCUCUGGUGCCCAUUGGAUCGAUAUGACUCUGACCCUGCCAAUGUAAAAACUUACGUCCUCAGCGAAAACAAGCUCUUGCAGUAUGACGUGCGCUGCUGGAACUCGGGAGACGGUUGUCUCUUUGUGGGUAACUAUCGCGCGAUGAUGGCUCAUUUCUUCGCCUAUUGUUUUCAGCACUCAGUGAACUGUCCUCGUUGCGACAGUAAAGUUCUUCAAAAAGAAAUGCUCCAGCACUACAAAGGGGAGUGUCGAGGUCCACCUGCUCAGCGACGACUGCUCCCACACGACAGAUUCUCCUGGGGUGCAGCUCCGCACAUUGUGCCGCACGUUUAG